CAAGAUAUGUUUUGCAGCAGAUUACAACGCUGGACCGCUUUUAGAUAAAACAACAAAAUCAUAACAAACGAGACUUGUUGACACUGUUGUUGUUGUUGUUGACGUGUUUAUAAGCUUGUGUGCGAUUGUUUGGACAUCUACAGCUACCAGACGGAUCAAAUCCAUCGGCAUGUUUGCGCACCGCAGUUUCAGUCUUCUGUGCAGAAGAUCAGCUGUUACAUCAUGGAGAAGUCAGAGUCACACUGCAGGGAAGCGGCUGGAUAUAAGUGGCAUUUAUCCUCCCAUUGCCACUCCAUUUACUGAGCCUGAAGAUGUGGACUAUCAAAAACUUGAUGACAAUAUUAGGAAAUAUGGACGUUUACCUUUUAGAGGUCUAGUAGUGCAGGGCUCUAAUGGCGAAUACCCAUAUCUGACGGCGGAGGAGAGGGUUGAGGUGGUGAAGAGAGUGAAACAGGCCCUGCCAAAAGACAAGCUAGUUAUGGCUGGAUCUGGAUGUGAAUCCACCAGAGCCACAAUCCAAAUGAGCCAAAGAAUGGCAGACGCGGGUGCUGAUUGUGUUUUAGUGGUAACACCGUGUUUUUACCGCGGCCGAAUGGACAGCCGAGCUCUUAUAAACCACUACUCUAAGGUGGCAGAUUCCUGUUCAGUGCCAGUUGUGUUGUACAGCGUGCCAGCAAACACUGGUCUUGACCUGCCUGUGGAUGCUGUAAUUCAGCUCUCUAAGCAUCCCAAUAUUGUCGGCCUCAAAGACAGUGGUGGAGACAUCACCAGAAUAGCUCUGAUGGUGCAGAAAACCAGAUCGCAGGAUUUUCAGGUGCUGGCAGGAUCAGCUGGUUUCCUCAUGGCUGCGUACGCCGUAGGCGCUGUAGGAGGCGUCUGCGCCCUGGCCAAUGUCCUGGGUCAGCAGGUGUGUGAACUAGCGCAGCUGUGUGUUUCCGGACGCUGGGACGAAGCCAAAGAGCUCCAGUAUCGCCUCAUCGAACCCAACACAGCAGUGACGCGUGGGUUUGGCGUUCCAGCUUUAAAACUAGCGAUGGACUGGUUUGGAUAUCACGGUGGCAUUUGCCGGUCGCCCCUACAGCCACUGUCGAAAGCAGAUUUAGAGGCGCUUCGGGGAAAAUUCUCCUCCAAUGGUUGGCUGUAGUAGUUAAAAGGGCAACAGAAAUCAAAGAGUUACAGUAUCAAGGGGUUACGAUUGGCCUGUUUAAUUAUUCCGCUAGCAUUAAUGUCCAAUGAUUUUCUGACAACACGAGAAUUAAUGGGAUUAAAACAUGUUUUUGUGACUGAA